AUGGCGGCUCCCUGCAAGGUGUGCUGCGCCGCGAUUUCCCACCGGCUUUUCCCGGGAGGGCGAGUUCCCCUUACCCAGAGGCCAGGCUUCUGGAAGGCGGCGGCUGCUGAGUUGCAGACAGGGCCCAGGUUCCAGAUCUUAAGGCUAAAACACAUCACUGUUAUGCCAGCAAAGAAAAAUGUUGCUGCCGCCAGACGUGAAACAUACACGGUGGAUUUUAUUAAAAAGCAGAUUGAAGAUUUCAACAUAGGAAAGAGACAUUUAGCCAACAUGAUGGGAGAAGAUCCAGAAACUUUUACCCAAGAGGACAUUGAUAGAGCUAUUGUUUACCUUUUUCCGAGUGGUUUGUUUGAGAAGCGAGCCCGGCCAGUAAUGAAGCAUCCUGACCACAUUUUUCCAAAACAAAGAGCAAUCCAGUGGGGAGAAGAUGGCCGUCCAUUUCACUUUCUCUUUUACACUGGAAAGCAAUCAUAUUAUUCAUUAAUGCAUGAAGCGUACGGCAAGCUACUAGAACUAGAAGACCGUCAAACCCAAACCCAGCUGCAAGCCCAAGGUCUAGUCCUGGAAAAAGCGAAGACUAAAGACCUGAUUGGCAGCAGAUGGCUGAUUAAGGAGGAACUAGAAGAAAUGUUAGUGGAAAAACUGUCAGAUCAAGAUUAUGCGCAGUUCAUUCGGAUGCUGGAAAGGUUAUUGACAUUGCAGUGCAACGCUGCUGAAGAAGAAUUUGUGCAGCGGUUUCGCAGGAGUGUAACUAUUCAGUCAAAACAACAGCUGAUUGAACCUGUGCAGUAUGACCAGCAAGGACUGGCCUUCAGCACAGGCGAAGGUAAAAGAAAGAGUGCCCGAGCAAAAGCAGUUGUUUAUGAACAUGGGAGCGGCAAGAUCAAAAUCAAUGGAAUUGAUUAUAUGCUUUACUUCCCAGUGAAACAGGACAGAGCGCAGUUGAUGUUCCCAUUUCACUUCCUGGACCGGCUUGGCAAACAUGAUAUGGCCUGCACAGUCUCGGGGAGCGGAAGGUCAGCACAGGCUGGAGCAAUACGCCUGGCAACGGCAAAGGCCUUAUGCAGUUUUGUCACGGAGGAUGAGGUCGAGUGGAUGAGACAAGCUGGACUACUUACUACUGAUCCACGUGUCCGAGAACGGAAGAAGCCAGGCCAAGAGGGAGCCCGCAGAAAGUUUACGUGGAAGAAGCGCUAAGUGUCAUGCUCCCCCAGCCCUCCAUGGGGACAGGAGAGGAAACACUGCGAAAACGGCCUGACAAGUGGCAGGCGUGCAGCAUUGUUUGUUGGCCAAUGUGAGGGCAACAUUUCCAGGCAGUUUUUGUUUUAUCUUUGAGUUGGGAGGUGGCUUAUUUUUAAAUGCUACUUUGUAAAGUUUACCUUAAAAAUUUAAAAAAAAUUGCUUAACUUCUUUCUUCUAUUUUCUUUUGUAACUUUCUCAGAAGAGAGAGCUAAAAAGAGUGGGUGGGGCAAUUCCAUUUUCCAUGAAACUUUUGAAGCCCCAUCAUACUUUAGAGACAUAAUCUAUAGAAUACUGGACCUGAAUGGAGCUCUCAGUAAAACCUAAUCAUGGCACCUCAAUAUGCAGAGGAGAAAUCUUACCCCUUCCUCCAUGGCCAUCCAGAACAGGCUCCUAAUUCAGUGGUAGAACUAGAUUGGGAUUCACUGCUGCCGAUUCCCCAUAUGCUCUCAAGAUGGAGAGGCAAGAGACCUUGUUCAGAAGAAUGGAGUAAGUUGAGUGUUGUAGCAAGCUGCUUACGAGACCUAUUGUAAGGUUGGAAAGUACUUUGAAGACUAAGGCCCACCUGACCCAAACCAUGGGAUUUUCAAAUUGUGUUGUAUGCCUGCUGGACAGUCCAUCAGGAAGAUCAAAGAAAGUGGAUGCCUUUGGAUUAUGGUGUCGGCUAAGAAUACUCACUAGCAGAAGAAUGAAGAAGUACAGUCAGCAUGCUCCUUAUAAAUGAGAAUGGGAAGACUUUGUCUUAUAUGUUGGGCAGGUCAUCAGGAGAGAUUGUCCCUGCAAAAGAACAUCGUGAUCAGUAAAGUGGAGGGGUCCAUGAAAUUUUAAUAAAGACCCUCAACAAGGUGAAUAGAUAGCAGUGGCUGCAAC